GCCGUCGGGGCGCGCGUGCGCUCGGUGUGGCGGGGCGGGCACGCGGCGGGGCCAUGGCGGACUACCUGAUCAGCGGCGGCACCGGCUACGUGCCCGACGACGGGCUGACAGCUCAGCAGCUCUUCAGCUGCGGCGAUGGGCUCACCUACAACGAUUUCCUUAUCCUCCCGGGGUACAUCGACUUCACGGCGGACCAGGUGGACCUGACCUCGGCUCUGACCAAGAGAAUCACCCUGAAGACGCCGCUGGUCUCCUCGCCCAUGGACACAGUCACCGAGGCCAGCAUGGCCAUUGCCAUGGCGCUGACCGGAGGAAUUGGGUUCAUCCACCACAACUGCACCCCGGAGUUCCAGGCCAACGAAGUGCGGAAGGUGAAGAAAUACGAGCAAGGAUUCAUCACAGACCCCGUGGUGCUGAGCCCCAAUGACCGAGUGCGAGAUGUGUUUGAAGCAAAAGCUCGUCAUGGAUUUUGUGGGAUUCCCAUCACGGACAAUGGGAAGAUGGGGGGCAAGCUGGUUGGGAUCAUCUCGUCCAGAGAUAUUGAUUUCCUGAAAGAGUCAGAGCAUGACCUGCCCCUCGGUGAGAUUAUGACAAAGCGGGAGGAUCUUGUUGUGGCCCCAGCUGGCGUAAUGUUGAAAGAAGCAAAUGAAAUUCUGCAAAGGAGUAAAAAAGGCAAGCUGCCAAUUGUUAAUGAAGAUGACGAGCUGGUGGCUAUCAUUGCCCGCACUGAUCUCAAGAAGAACAGGGACUACCCUCUGGCUUCUAAGGACUCCAAGAAGCAGCUGCUCUGCGGUGCCGCUAUUGGGACCCAUGAGGAUGACAAGUACCGGCUGGACCUGCUGGUGCAGGCUGGCGUGGACGCCGUCGUGCUGGAUUCCUCUCAGGGGAAUUCCAUCUUCCAGAUCAAUAUGAUAAAAUACAUUAAGGAGAAAUAUCCCAGCCUACAAGUUAUUGGAGGAAACGUGGUGACUGCGGCUCAGGCCAAGAACCUCAUUGACGCCGGGGUUGAUGCCCUGAGGGUCGGGAUGGGCAGUGGCUCCAUCUGCAUCACACAGGAAGUGCUGGCAUGCGGCCGUCCCCAGGCCACGGCGGUGUACAAGGUGUCCGAGUACGCCCGGAGGUUCGGCGUCCCCGUCAUCGCCGACGGAGGCAUCCAGACGGUUGGGCACAUCGCCAAGGCCCUGGCACUGGGGGCCUCCACAGUGAUGAUGGGCUCUCUCCUGGCCGCCACCACGGAGGCCCCAGGCGAGUACUUCUUCUCGGAUGGCAUCAGGCUGAAGAAAUACCGCGGCAUGGGCUCCCUAGAUGCCAUGGACAAGAACUUGGGCAGCCAGAAUCGGUAUUUCAGUGAGACAGACAAAAUUAAAGUGGCCCAGGGAGUCUCCGGUGCAGUGCAAGACAAGGGCUCUAUCCAUAAAUUCAUUCCAUACCUAAUUGCUGGGAUCCAGCAUUCCUGCCAGGAUAUUGGUGCCAAGAGCCUGACCCAAGUCCGAGCCAUGAUGUACUCGGGAGAGCUGAAAUUUGAGAAGAGGACAACGUCUGCCCAGGUUGAAGGAGGGGUGCACGGCCUCCACUCGUAUGAGAAGCGCCUCUUCUGAGAGAGAGAUCUGUGUCUGUCCCUGUGCCACCCAGCCCUGCGCUGCUCUGCGUGGGAGCUGCUCUUGCUGCAGAAGUGCCAUUAUUCUGGGCUGCCUGGAGCUCCUGCUGUCCCUUGGCUGCUUUCUGACCACCCGCAGGGCCCGCCUUCCACCCAGGAGCCAUGAGCCUGGGCUGGAGCCUUGCACGUGUUGGCCAUGUUUUACAAUAAAAAAAUGAAAAGA